AUGGAGGAGAAACCCCAGGCAGCAGGAACUCGAUGGUGCUUUGGUGACGGCUACUGCCGCAUACGUUCGCCAGAGCCAGUUGGAGGAAGCCAGAGUUCAAGAGGACACCCGCUUCCGCCAACAACUGCUGGAGCAAAACCGGCAGCACCACGAGGCCCACAUGCAGAGCCUGCGGCAGCACCACGAGGCCCACAUGGAGAGCCUGCGGCACCUCGGGGAGGAGGUGCGGGAAUGCGGGAAGUGCAGUCGCAGCGCCUCGAAGUGCAGCGGCAGCGCCUCGAAGCGGCGCGUCGGUCGCACGAGACCAACGAGCGCCUGCUUCAGCUGCUGCUGGCUGCACUGGGGCAUGGUGGCAGCCAAGCCCCUCCCCCCUCUCAGGCCCCACACAAUUAAAGGAUGCAAAGGUAGCAUAGGCAAGGAAUUUGUAACUUAUCUUAAAAUUUGCUGAUGUAUUAAUGAUAUGAAGGGCAAAUAUUGCUAGUUUGCAAAUAAAUAAUUGCUGAAGUCACCCUUUAAUGCAACCAUAAGUAGCAUAGCCAUUGCAGCGUGAAUUUUUUCUUCAAGGUUUACUUCAGCCAUAAGAGCGUGCACACCAUCAGGCUCACCUGCAAAAGGGCCUGUAGGCCUGGUGUGUGCGGGCAUUCCGACUGUGGCACUGCAAUUUUGAAGUGCCUAGUUAUUGUCAUGUCAAUUUAAGCACGACGCCACACUGCAAGUGUUCUACAAUUUAAUCCUUGUCAUCGAAUUGUGAAAGUUUCAGGCCUUACUAUAAUGUCGAAAGCAACCUGUCAAUAUACACAGCAAAAAAGAAAAAAAAGUUACGAAAAUUCCUUGCCUAUGCUCCUUCUUUUCAUUUGUAAUGUUUAUUUUUUGUUUCUUGCAUAUUUGUUUGUGUCGCUACCUACUGAGCUGGAAUGUCUUUUCUUGCACAUCUGUCUCAUUAUCAAACAAUUUGUUGUCAUUCAGUAAUCUUUCAGGUUGUGAUACAUUGUAUUUUAGCCCUUGUGGUGCAAUUUGUGGGUAAUAUUUAUGCAGUUUGUCUUACUGAAUAUCAAAGUAUGAUGCUAUGGCUCUUUCAGUUUCAGAGCGCCACAACAGCAUGUUCCUUUCACAUGUAGUGAUGUACCUAUACAU